AUGGAGUUGAAAAGGAAUAUUAUUGAUCAGAUAAGCGCAGGAAGGAGUCGCUUGUGCAUGGUAGAAGAGAAAAGAAAGGCUGUGGAGACUAGCAAGUUCAUUAAAAGACGGCGAAGAGACCCUUCUACAUUUGCAUUAAGCUGCAAUAUUAAUAAUAUUAAUGAUCAACAAAGUGACCAACAGCAGCAACAGUCACUUGGUGAUCGAGCUGCUGCUGUUGCCACUACAGUCAAGAGAAGUUCAAGAUUUCGCGGAGUUAGCAGGCACCGUUGGACUGGACGAUACGAAGCUCACUUAUGGGAUAAAGGAACGUGGAAUCCGACACAGAGAAAGAAGGGUAAACAAGGAGCUUACGAUGAAGAAGAAUCCGCUGCAAGAGCAUAUGAUUUAGCUGCUCUCAAGUACUGGGGAGCGUCAACUUUCACAAAUUUUCCGGAGUCUGACUAUGAGAAAGAAAUUGAAAUAAUGAAAACGGUAACCAAAGAAGAAUAUCUAGCCUCCUUAAGAAGGAGAAGCAGUGGUUUUUCAAGAGGUGUAUCCAAAUACAGAGGAGUUGCAAGGCACCAUCACAAUGGGAGAUGGGAAGCAAGGAUAGGGAGAGUAUUUGGAAACAAGUAUCUUUAUCUUGGCACUUACAGUACCCAAGAGGAAGCUGCUCAUGCCUACGAUAUAGCAGCCAUCGAAUACAGAGGAAUCAAUGCUGUAACCAACUUCGAUUUAAGGACAUACAUCAGAUGGCUGAAGCCAGAAGACACACUUCCUGCACUUCAAGAAUCAAAACCAACUUCUGACCACCUGCCGAUGACAACCUUCUCCAACCACUUUCCAAGCGAGAAACCAACCCAGCUAUCCCUUCUCCAGACGGGUCCUUCUUUAAUGGGUAAUUUGAACACCUCUAAACAUGAGGUCGACAGUUUUCAUAGGGAGACGCUUCCCGUUAAUCCUCUCACCAAGUCGUCUUCCUCGACUGCUCUUAGCCUCCUCCUUAAAUCCUCAAUAUUCAAAGAGCUUGUGGAGAAGAACUUGACUACCACCUACGAAGAAUUUGAAGAAAAUGAUUCUAAAAACCUUCCACAUGAAGGCAACAACAAUGCUGGGGAGGCAUUCUAUGAUGGAUUCAGCCACAUUCCUCACACGGGCACUUCAAAUGAUGAUCCAUUGCUGUGUUUAGAGCGAGGAGACACGAGUACGUUGCCGCCAUACAAUAGAAUGAAGCAAUCUCUUUGGGAUGGAGCCUUGAGCAUUCCUACUCGUUUCAAUUAA